AUGAGCUUGCUGGAGGAAGCGGCUUCAGCAGUUGUUCGCAACAAGCUGCACCGGCUGCAGGCAGCCCUCAGCCAGGAGCCCAGCCUGCUCACUGAUAGGGACAGCGACGGCUACACGCUGCUGCACAGGGCAGCCUUCAUGGGCAGCACAGAGUGCCUGCGCAUUUUGCUGGCGGCUGGUGCCUGCACCAAGGCGACCAGCACUGAUGGGGGCAUGACAGCUCUUUGCCUGGCGGCGGGUUUGGGGCAUGAGGCCUGCGUGCGGGAGCUGCUGGCGGCGGGGGCAAACGUUGAAGCGGCUGCCGCGGCUGGGAGGCGGCCGCUGCACGUUGCCGCCCUGGGAGGCCACCUGGGCUGCUUGCAGCAGCUGCUGGACGCUGGAGCCGAUUGCAACGUUGUGGAUGAUGGCAUUGCUGGCAGCGGGGGCAACCGUUGA